CCCUUGUCAAUGGGGCGGAAGAAGGCUGGCUUGGCCGGCUGGAGAUGGGGUCGGCGCCGGGAGUGAAGACCCCGGCCACACAUACACACACCUGGCUUGUUUACACGGCUAAAAGGAAAAGCCCAACCCGGAUCAAGAGGGAAUCCACAUUGUCGGGUAGGAAAUGGUAAGCAUUCAGGGAGACGGGCAAUUGAGGAGGGGGCCUCUCAUCUAUAUAUGUGUGUGUGUAUAUGUGUAUACUGUAUAUAUAUAUUUGGCGUCUCUAUUGUAGUUCCCUAUCCACCCACCUUAAAAGUUUCCAGGGGGUGGGUGGCAAAACAGCUCACCCAUCUAUUUCAGGGUAGGAGGUGGAAUAUUGUGGGGAGGGGGAAACAGCCUUGGCGGUGGGCCAACCCUCCCCCAGUGUGUUGGGGCUGGGAAGAGGAGGAGGAAGAGAUGAAAACAACACAAAGGGGCAGAAUUGGGACGGGAAGACUUUGUGCUCCAUAGGAAUUCCUUAGCUCUGAUCCAAGGGUUUUGUGUGUUGUGCAUGUUCUGUAGGGGCGUCGGGGGACAAGGGAUCGGAAAUCACAUCUUUAUUUAGAUUUAAAGUCCGCCCCUUUCCUAUGUUUCAAGGCAGAUAAACGCAUGCUUGUUUCUCUCGGCUAUCCUGCAAGGCGGCGUAAUUGCUAGCAUUGCUCCCAUUUUACAGAUCGUAAAUUAGCGAGGAGAGACAGGGGCUUGCCCAGCACCAGUACCAAGAUCUGUGGCAGGGCUGGGAUCCGUGGUCACAGCUCUGUUCAAUGGCUCUAAUGCAGCCCCGGGUGUAGGAACUGUGGGGAAUGGGUAAGGACAGCAGACAGAAGAUCUGGUAAAGCACAUCGCUUUGCCUUUAAGCAAGUCUCCCAGAGUUGUGGCAGAGCAAAACCCCCAGUCUCUCAUUAUAGGACACCCUGGCAGGCCUGUCUAGACCACUUCCCACUCCUCUGCAGGAGAAUCUGUGUGAGUUGGUGGGUAUGAUUAAGUAUCAGCUGCUAUAUAUGGUAAUGUUGGUAGGGGGCAUGCAGCGGAAGGGAGCCUUUCUCCCCACCUCUGGAGAGUCAACAGAGGGCAGAAACCUCAUGAGAUGGACAAAUGACAUUUGAGUGAUACCUGGAUGUGGACACUGUGACCUUUUCCCCUCCUCUAGUCAGGAAGCGGCUGUGAUUUGGUGUGGGUUAGUGCAUUCCUGGCAUAAUAACCCCUCCCUGUGCAGGAGAAGUGUCUGAACCUUGAGCGUUUGGGUGAAGGAUCGCUGCAUAAACAGCUCCUCUCCGCAGCCACCCCAGAAAUAGAAGCCUUUCCGUCUUGGAUAAAUAAACCUCUUGAAUACACAGUUGCUCAACCUUAGCCAGAGAGGUGGCUGCAUCACUCUGGCAAGACAAACUUGCACUUCCCAUUUGUUUGGGUCUUUGGUGCUGUUUGGGAAGAUACAAUCUCCUCGUGAAUUAACCUGACGCCGAGACCAAAACCACCCUCUGUAGUAACCAGGGCUGACACCGAUCGCGGCAGGAACACACCCACCCAUCUCAUAUCACGCUGCGAAUUAGCCACAGGGACCGGUUAAAUAUUGAAUGAGUGAAACAGGGCAGAAAGCGGAAUGAAAGGAGACCCAGCCUGAUCAGGGGCAAAGCCUGCGGGAGACAGCGGGUCAACAGCUCAGCAGUGUGUGGAGGGGUGCCUGAGAAUUGGGACCCCUGUGUUUGGAAGCGACCCAAACAGCAGGAGUAAAUGAAGUCUAGGGAGACCAAGGCUGUACAUGGUGGAAGCUGCAACUUCUGGGUCCUGUUCCCAACUGCAAAGCAAUUGCUGGCCUAGUGCAGGGAGACUGGGAGCAGCUCUGCGGCAGGCUGACCUAGUUUAAUUUACCGGGCUGGUGGUGAAUCCCAUCCACUCCUCUCCCCCACCCCCACUAAAACCGGUGGAAGAAUCAAUGGGAUUUUUCUGUAAGUAGAAAGCAGACACCAGAGGGGUAGCUGUGCUAAUCUACUCCAUCAAAGAUAACAAGGACGCAUGAAGCUCAAAGUGGUACAAAUUUAUUGUGGCAUCACUUGAGCCCACUUUUGUCAGGUGCAGACAUCAUCUAAUAACUUAACCAGCAGCUGGGGGCCAGGCCUGGGAACUGAGAGAGGGCUGGAUCAAAGAAGAAGCAAGCUAGAACUCCUGGAUUUGAAUGUGUGCGCCAGGUGUGCACCCUGGAUCAAAUUUGGAUCAGGACCCACAAGCCAGUCCAAGAUUUUCACCUCCAAAGGUUAUUAGUAAGGACUUCAGCAUGUGCCAGGGUGGGGUGGGGAGAACACAGAUUUGGUCCAAGGCAGAUCAGCUGCUUCUGUGUCGCUUCCUGGGCUGUUCCAUUCCUCCAGGGAAGCCAGGGAGGAAGGAAGCACUUGGUGAAUUGUCUAGAAACUAUCUGAUGUUGUUACCAUUGGGAGGGAAGGGUUGCAGGGAUGUGGGUGGCGCUGUGGUCUAAACCACUGAGCCUAGGGCUUGCUUAUCAGAAAGUAGGCGGUUCAAAUCCCCGCAACAGGGUGAGCUCCCAUUGCUCGGUCCCAGCUCCUGCCAACCUAGCAGUUUGAAAGCACACCAGUGCAAGUAGAUAAGUAGGUACUGCUCCAGUGUGAAGGUAAACGGCAUUUCCAUGCGCUGCUCUGGUUUCGCCAAAAGCGGCUUAGUCAUGCUGGCCACAUGACCCAGAAGCUGUCUGCGGGCAAAUGCUGGCUCCCUCGGCCUAUAGAGCUAGAUGAGCGCACAACCCGAGAGUCGUCCGCGACUGAACCUAACGGUCAGGGGUACCUUUACCUUUAUCUGAUGUUGUUACCAUUGGGAGGGAAGGGUUGCAAGUUUGUGAGCGGGGUCCACUUGGUGGAAAUUGUAGAGAGACUGGCCUGAAGCAUCUAAAACCUACUGGAACAGGAAAUGCAGGAACAGGAAAAACAGAUUAUACAGUGAAGAAAGCUUUGGCGGGGGUAAUGAGAGGAGAGAGGAGAUCAUAUUUCAAGGAGUUUAUCCCCCCCCAGCUACAAUUUCCAAACUACAGUUCACAGUAUUGUUGGGGAGAAGUUAUGUGUCUUUAAUGUGUGGUGUGUAUGCAGCCAAGACUGAGAAGGAAACAAUGGUUUUGUUUUAGUUGACUGUAUGCACACACCCGUGGGAGCCUUUUUGGCUGGAAUGUGGGGUAAAAACCGUGUGUGUGUGUCUUUGAAGCUCAGAGGCUAAUAGUUUCCACAAGCCCUGAUGCAAGGUGCAGUCCAUGUCUCCGCUGUGUGUGGUGCAUUCCACGCCCUGAGUGCUUUCCUUUUAAGCUGGACUUUUUAUGUUCACGAUCCACAUUCCUUCAUUCCCCUCCUCAGGGUGGGUCCAGGAGAAAGGAAUCUGGGCUCUGGGAAGGGAAAGGAGACCUGUUGUAGAGGAUUAGAACAGGAAGAAGAGAGCGCCCUAGACUUCUGCUGUGUUGUGUGAGGACCGUGCGUGAAAGGAUUUAGAGAGUUAAGCCCUCCAAAUGCAAUGGCAGGGAGCUUUGAGGGGGCCCCUUGUCUCCUGAUGGGAAGAGGCAUUAGUGGGAAGGAGCAGGGAGAAUUAUUCAUCCGGAGUCCUUCCCUGGUCUCCCCCUUUUUUCCCCUUUCUAAGCCGAUUUAAAGUCAGGUGACAGCUUCUUCCCCUGCAAACUUUCUAAUCCCAACUUCAAUGGAAGAGGAAGGAGUGGGAGGCAGACGGAUAAGUGGGAACCAGAGAAAGCACUUAGUGGUCUAAUCCCCACGUCCCGUCCCACCCCAACAGACCCCAAAUCCUGGCUUCCACUCUCUCGGGCCAAAAUCACCUAGACUCACUAAAGGAGGGACAAAGCCUGUGGGCAUCUUGCUGGGCACUUUUGAGAGCAGAAUGUGGGACCAGAUGUUCUCAGCUUAGGUCUUUAUAGAGGCCCAGAUUCAUUCUUCUCCUGGGUCUCCUCCCUCUCCUGUUGGAAGUGCUUGAUGGGAAAAUGAUGAAAUCAGUUCACGGGGUAGGAAGGACAGGUAGCUAAAGAUAGGAGGGUGGCUGUAACACACCCUCCAACAUUUCCCUGAUGAAAAUAGGGACGUCCAUCACCAGUGCUUUGCUUCUAGAAAAAAAGGUGCCAGAGCUGUGUACCCAUGCGAAAUCCCAGAAAAAACCCCCACUGAUAAUAAUUUUAUCACUUAGACUCACUCUGACCCCUUAUAUGGGAUUUAUAUGGGAUUUGGUGUAUAAAUUUUCCCUUGGCUUUUUUGCUGGCCCAUGUAGGACCAGCAUGGAUAGCUGGCUCGGGUGAAUACCUGAUGUUUCCUCCCUUUAUGGUCUUGAUUUAUGGGCUACUACUAAAAUGAGGCUGUAUUUUAAGCUGUAUUUUAAUUAACUGUUUGUUGUUGUUGUUGUUUUUCUAUUACAUUUUAUUGCAAUUUAUAUUUGGUGUUAGCCGCCCUGAGCCCGGCCCUGGCCGGGGAGGGCGGGGUAUAAAUAAAUAUAUUAUUAUUACUGUAUUAUUAUUAUUAAUUAUACCCCUGGGUUUUCCCAGCCACUCUGGGCAGCUCCCGGCAUAUAUAAAAACAUGACAAAACAUUAAACAUUUAAAAACUUCCUUCAGAUGUCUUCUAUUUAUUUUUUUUAUAAUGAUAUUUAUUAAAGUUUCAAAAAAUACAAAAAAUACAGAAUACAGAAAGAAAAAGAAUAAAGUUUUUUAAAAUAUAACCAAAAAAGUAAAAAAUAAAGAGAAACAUACCAAAUAAAACAGUUAAAAAGACAUUAAUUUUCCAUAACCUAUCUUCCCUAUACUUAUUUCCCCGGACCUCCUCAUACCUCCCUUUUUGUAUUCCAGUUCAAUUUGUUAGUUCAGCAAAUCCUUACCAUUAAAAUUACCCAAUUGCAAACCGUUUUUCAUAUCUCUUAAAGCAUUACAGCUAAAAACCUCUUAGUUUCUAUCCAACAUCCUUCUAAGACUCCUUAAUUUUACAAUAUUUCUGUAAAUAGUCUUUAAAUUUCUUCCAGUCUUCUUUCCCCGACUCUUCUCUCUGGUCUCAGAUUCUGCCAGUCAUUUCCGCCAGUUCCAUGUAGUCGAUCACCUUCAUCUGCCUAGAUGUCUUCUAAAGGUUGUAUAGUUACUUAGCUCCUUGGCUCGGGGGUUGCAUAACUCCAUACCCUCCAACAUUUCUCCAAUGCAAAUAGGGAUGUCCUAAGGAAAAGUGGGACCAUCCAGAAUCAAAUCAGAAACCGGGAUGGCUUCUGUAAAUCAGGGACUGUCCCUGGGAAAUAGGGACACUCAGAGGGUCUGGUGUGAUGGGGGCCUAAUUUUCCACCAGGCCCACAUAGCCAGCCUUUUCCGUCAAGUCUGAAGUUAGAGUGAAACCCUCUCUCUCCCACCUUCAUUCUGGCUCAGCAAUUCUCUUUCCGUGGGAGGGCGUUACUAACAAGCAAAUACCAAUACAGGCAUAAUAAAAUGUAUUCUCAAAGGGGAGAUCAGUUAGAAAAGAGAGGCUGGUGGUAGUUUUUAAAAAAUAAAAAUAAACCUACCCUCAUGAGCUGCCACAACUGAGUCUCAGGUGCUGUGUACACACCAUGCAUUUAAAACACAUUUUUCUCCCCAAAGAAUACCGGGAACUGUAGUUUGUUAUGGGUGUUGAGCAUUGCAGCACUGCAAGGCAUAAACUACAGUUCUCAGAUUUAUUUGAGGGGAGAAGUAUAUGGUGCAUAUGCAGCCGAUCUAAGCCUCAAGAGAUCUGCUGGCAACCCUAAGCAACCCUCGUUUCAUUUCCACAGUCUUCCCCCCAACCUCCUGCCCCAAAACACAUUUCUUGUCAUGAAGCCUUGACCUCUAGACUCUUUUGGAAGUUAUUUCGCCUGCUCCUGGCUGAAUGUGAGAGCCAGUGAACCUUGUGCUGGCACCCAAAAACGCUUCGUCAACAAUUAAAGUGCAAUUAUUGGAUCAAUAUCCAUGUGCAGGUAUGUUUUAUUUUAGUAAAACUGAACUGCAAGUAUUAUUUUUCAGUGUUCCCUGAUAUGCCCUCUGUGGGACGGAGGUUGGAUCCAAUAACCAUGACGUUAUUUUCUUUAUGGUUUCUUUGUUUUGUACGUUUAUUGCCCUUCAGCAAAGUGAUCCUAGGGUGGUUUCUAGCAAAACAAAAUAGCAAUCAAAUCGAUACCAAGUUGAACACAAAUAAUCACCACCAAGACCCAGAAAUUAAAAGCACCUGAUCAAAACAGUUUAAAACACACACCUUAAAGGCCUCGGAGAACAAAAAUAUAUUUGCUUGGCACUGAAAAUAUAUCCUGGUUGGGCAGGGAAUUAUAGAAAUGGGGCGUCAUUUCUGAGAAGGCCCUCAGCCCUGUCAUUACCCAGCUCAGCUCAGCUCAGGCACCCAGUAUUUUUUUUUCUGGGGGGAUGCAGGGGUACGCAUAUCCCUAAACAUUUUGUGAAUCUUUGUAGUUUUGUCCAUUUACAGUAUUUAUUUUUUCCCUACUUGAAAUAUAAAAUGGUGAUUUUCUUGAGUCAAAAUGAGAGUAAAGGUAAAGGGACCCCUGACCAUUAGGUCCAGUCGUGGCUGACUCUGGGGUUGCGGUGCACAUCUCGCUUUAUUGGCCGAGGGAGCCGGCGUACAGCUUCUGGGUCAUCUGGCCAGCAUGACUAAGCCGCUUCUGGCGAACCAGAGCAGCGCAUGGAAACGCCGUUUACCUUCCCGCCGGAGCGGUACCUAUUUAUCUACUUGCACUUUGACAUGCUUUCGAACUGCUGGGUUGGCAGGAGCAGGGACCGAGCAACGGGAGCUCAUCCCGUCAUGGGGAUUCGAACCGCCAGCCUUCUGAUCGGCAUGUCCUAGGCUCUGUGGUUUAACCCACAGCGCCACCCAUGUCCCUCAAAAUGAGAGUACCCCUAAACAUUUUUUUUUUAAAGCACUGGGGGCACCUAAAGGAGAGCCUGCACUAAUGGCUGUUGCAUUCCACUACAAAUACAGUUGCUCAGACCAGCUUUCUCUUAUUAACAAACAGGCAUAAUCAUCCAAAACAUAGGCCGGAAAAUAUAAUGUUUGUUUCAGCAGAACAUGUCUUCAUGUUCAAAGUACCAGAUUCUGGAGCCAAAGAACGAAGAUGUUCUUACAAGAAGCAUCCAGUUGUGUUGGGCUGGUUGUUGCUGGGGUCAGAAUACCGGGGAAAGUGGCAAGUCAGUUUUUACUGUUCUUUCAGAAUAGCAAUACCUUUUGAACAGCUAGUUGUUUUAAAAUAUUGCACGCGAACAGUUUGCUUCUCUUUGGCCCAUAAAUACAAGGCUGGAUAAUGAACAUUGGUUAACUGGGAGAUGACGAUACAGUACAUUUAGUGAUGUGUCUACACCACACUGGGCAUUUUGUGUGCGUGGAAAAGUCACCUUAAUUAUAAUGUGUAUGCAUCUUAAAUCAGCUUAUCAUGGUGAUUAAUAAUAACAGCAAUACUAAAAAUGAUAAGUGGGCGCGUAGAUUGUAACUGUUACUGGUGGCGGACCAGAAUGUCUGAUGGUCAGAGCACUUUAUUUAAAGCGUAUAAUGAAGUAUAAUGACACAACAAUUGGUUCAGAGGGGUUAACUACAUCCAUAGCACAUAGUUGGUGGAGCUAAUUCCUGUUUUGUUGUGGACACAUGUCUUUAGCCAUGGAUGACACACAAAGUCUUAAUUACCUACAUUCCCCGCUUGCAAGGAGGUAUAACCUUGCAGACCUUCUAAUUAAUUAUCCACACACUUUCCCAGAGUCCAUUUGCAUUUAGACAAAAGACCUCCUGAUUACAUUUGUUGACAUGGGCUAGAAUAGCAAAAGGGAUAUAUGAAGGAUACCAGCUUCCAAUGGUCGGUUGCUACUGGGAUUAGCUCAGAAUGGGGAGUACUGGGAUUAGCUCAGAAUGGGGAGCAGAUUUCAUCCUUGCCAUCAGCCAUUGGAAAGAAUUUCUCCCAGGAGAAAAAUCCUCUGAGUGGUACCAUGUGUAGAGAUGGAUGUGAUUCCUGCAGUCCAGAGGCACAAGCACAUUUGAGUCAGGCAGGUAGUAAUCUGGUUGUCACUGUCUGAGGCCAAGGCAGACCGGAGAGCAGGUUGCAAGCUACGCGAUUGUAGUUUCAUGUUUCCUCAGAUUUUCCACACUGAGGAACAAGGGGUGGUUAACUGUGGACCUCCAGAUGUUAACCACAGGUUAGCCAUCCCACCCUUAAAAGGUAAAGGGACCCCUGACCAUUAGGUCCAGUCGUGGCCGACUCUGGGGUUGCGGCGCUCAUCUCGCUUUAUUGGCCUACGGGAGCCGGUGUACAGUUUCCGGGUCAUGUGGCCAGCAUGACUAAGCCGCUUCUGGCGAACCAGAGCAGCGCCGUUUGCCUUCCCGCCAGAGCGGUACCUAUUUAUCUACUUGCACUUUGACGUGCUUUCAAGCUGCUAGGUUGGCAGGAGCAGGGACCGAGCAACGGGAGCUCACCGCGUCGUGGGGAUUCGAACCACCGACCUUCUGAUUGGCAAGUCCUAGGCUCUGUGGUUUAACCCACAGCACCACCCGCGUCCCUGUGUCUCUAAAACCACUGUGGCCCCUUGUGUUACCACAACUGCUGAAUCAGGAUAGAUAGAUAAAACUUUAUUUGCAUUAGCCAAUGGCCAUAACAACCGUAAAACAUUACAGUUGUGCGAGGCUUUUAUUAGGCUGUACCAGGCGUUUCUUGCAGCUCUCUGUCUUUUCCAUUUAAUUCGUUGUUUGUACUUCCAUCUAAAAUAAAUGUACAGUGGUACCUCGCAAGACGAAUGCCUCGCAAGACAAAAAACUCGCUAGACGAAAGCGUUUUUUGUUUUUUGAGCUGCUUCGCAAGACUAUUUUCGCUAUGGGCUUGCUUCGCAAGAUGGAAACGUCUUGCAAGUUUGUUUCCUUUUUCUUAACACCGUUAAUACAGUUGCGACUUGACUUCGAGGAGCAACUCAUAGAACGUGGUGUGGUAGCCUUUUUUGAGGUUUUUAAAGACUUUGGUGAUUUUUGAAGCUUUUCCAAAACUUUCCCGACACCGUGCUUCGCAAGACGAAAAAAAUCGCAAGACGACAAAACUCGCGGAACGAAUUAAUUUCGUCUUGCGAGGCACCACUGUAUGUAGUAAAUAAGAGAGGCGACCUGGAGGUCCUAUAUUUACGUUAAACUGUCUGCAGGUGUCCCUUUGCCUGUUUGGCAAAUUCCGUUAACCUUUUUGUGGCAGUAUUUUGGAUCACGGUUGUUAAGUGUAGUUGCUGAACCUUUUGCUGAGCACUGGUGGUACCCAAGUCUUGUGGCUACCAGCAGGCAGCUGCUUCUUCUUCUUCUGCCCCAAUAUUACAGUGAAUAUGUUUGUGGAUGGGCAGCCUUGAGGCCUGCCUUUAAGAUGCAUUUAGCGAGUGUGUGUGGCAGCUGCUUUUGGGAUGGAGGCCGUUGUUUAUACAGUAAUUCCUCGCCUAAUGAGGCAGCCGCUUACAGAUGAAGUAUAUUGAUUUGUAUCUCCCCCCUCCCAAACGAACUCACUACCCACCUCUCCAUUUUAUUUUCACAACAUCCUUGUUAGGCGAGUCAGGCUGAGAGACGGUAACUAUUCUGAUGUUACCUGGCCUGCUUCUGGGCGGCCUGUUUAUUGAGCGUUCAUUUUGAUUCGUUUGCAGGGAGGUUAGACGCUGCUGCAUCAAAGCAUGUAUUGCCGCACACUUUUCGGUGCCUUUACCCAGUUACUUUCCUUAUUGCGAAAAGCCGGAUCUUUGGGGGAUGGUUCAAUGUGAAAGACUUUCCAGUCGGAGAGAAUUUGCUGGAAUGUGAUGGAGGCCAGGCUGCGGCAGAUUGAGUGGACAAGACCGAUAGCGGAUCCAACAGUCAAGAAGGCAGUUACUGAAUGUGCUGUAGGGAAAUGAGGGGCAGAUGGGGCUCGUCAACCUGGGAAGAUAGCCCGUCUAGGAGAAGGAAAGCCUUCGCUGCCUUGUAGCUGUUCUCAUUCGUGAGAAAAGCUUUGUGUGGUGGCCUGACGGGACUCGGGCUCGGACUCGGAACCAGAGGAGUCUCAGUCUGCACCAGAUCCGUUGCCUCACGCAUCAUCUGAACCAAGUCUGGGGCCUGAUCCUGAAGAGCCCCAGUCUGCACAGGUUCCCCUGCAACAAACACCAUAGCUGUCAACUUUUCCCUUUGAAUCCUAUUCGGAAUAAGGGAAUUUCCCUUUAAAAAAGGGAAACGUUGACAGCUAUGAACAAGCACCAGCUGGGCCAAGUCAGGGGCCUGAGCCUGCCCUGGCUCCAGAUGCGGGGAUUACCUCGUUGCCUUCAGCUGGCCAUCAUUUACAGCUGCUCCACCACCGGUUUGGUCAGGGGAAGCUGAGGAGGCCUCUGGGUCUAGUAACCCACCAACGUCUCCCGAGCUGCAGAGACUAAGGUCUGAGAGAAAGAGAGACCUGAGUACUCCCAGGAGGAGUGCUCGCCUUCGGGCGAGACAGGGAGGUGAGUCGCCGGGGGAUCAGGACCAGCUGCUACCCCGACAAAGAUAAAAGGCUGUCAGACCCCACCCCAGGUUGCGGGAGCAACAUUGCUGUAUGCAAGAUCCUGCACCUGUCCUUGCCUGGUUUCCUGCCUUGGCCCUGUCAGACUGACUCCUAGCAGAACCUUCAGAUUCUGGACCGCGUUUCAUGGGUUACCCCUGGGCCCAGCACACUUUGGGAGUAAACUCCGAGGGACAGUCCGUACCCCCUGCCUUGUGGAACAUCUUUCGGAGAAAAAAAGGCUAAGGAGUAAAGUCUACACAAAUCUGGAGUGGAGUCCCUAAGGCGGUUGGAUGGUGCCUUGUGCGCCUUCUUCCGGCAAUCAAGCUGGUGCCAAACGUCUUGCUCUUCUUUCCUUUGGACCUCAUCAGAGAGGCCAAGAGGAGGGUCUUGUCUGGGCAUCCCAGGACCUCCAUACACACUGCCCAGGCUUGCACCCCAGAGAGGUCGCUUGGCUGUUGCAAACACAGCACAAACAAUAUGGAAUGGAAUCAGCACCAGCCUAGAAGGAUUCCCAGAUCAAGAAUUGAUUUGAAUCUUUAACCUGGGCCUUCUCAGGAGCCCCAACACUGUAGCCCAGCAAUGAUCGAAAAUAAUAAUAAUAAUAGUAAUAAUAAUAAUAAUAAUAAUAAUAAUAAUAAUAAUUUCUUUACACCCCGCCCAUCUGGCUGGGUUUCCCCAGCCACUCUGGGCGACUUCCAACAAAAGAUUAAAAAUACAGUAGACACUUGGGUUGCGAUUCGGCGCGUCUGCGCAUGCACGAUUUAGCGCUUCUGUGCAUGCGCGACCGCCGAAACCCGGAAGUAACCCGUUCCGGUACUUCUGGGUUUCGGCAGUCUGCAACCCGAAAAAACGCAACCUGAAGCAUCUGUAACCCGAGGUAUGACUGUACAUUAAAACAUCAGUCAUUAAAAACUUCCCUAAGCAGGGCUGCCUUCAGAUGUCAGGUAGUUGUUUAUCUUUUUGACAUCUGGUGGGAGGGUGUUCCACAGGGAGGGUGCCACUACCAAGAAGGCCCUCUGCCUGGUUCCCUGUAACUUCGCUUCUCGCAGUGAGGGAACCGCCAGAAGGCCCUCCCCUUGCUGCUGGACUCCGGCUGUCAUCAUCCCUGAUCGGGCUGGUGGGGGUUGGGGGUCAGCUACAGCUGGGGGGGUGGCUGCAUUCACGAUGGCACCGGCAGACAUAGAAGACUGCGUUUUCCAGAGAAGGUGGAGAGAGAUGGCGGGUUCUGGAAACUGCUUAUCUUUGAUGCAGCCUCCUCUGAGGGUAGGAGCUGGCGAUUUAUGACGGCGAUCCCUCACCGGCUGCCGUGGCGCCUCUCGAGUUGGAGAGUUAGGGAAGGGUUGCAGAUGCUGUUGGUUCCCGUUAUUGACCAAAGGAGGGGGGGCGGCGUGGGAGGAUCCGGGAGAGCUUUGUUCAUUUGCCUGCAGCCAGCAAAGCAAGUUUCCUGUGGCAGGAAACCCCAAGCUCUGCAAGUGCACUGGGAAGAGAAUUAGCCAGGAAAGGUUUAUUUCACAUGAUUCCUUUUCCGGCUUGGGGAAAGAAAGAAAGAAAAGAACCUAAAUAACCCCAGAGCUGAACUGAUUUCAUUUGUUUCUUUUCCGCCCGUCACGCAAAGUAAGAAAGAGAAGGGUGGGAGUGACCCAUGCCAUUGUGAUUCCAUGUUAAAAGGAAAAUACAAAACAGGCAAGGUGGCCUUUUUUAUUAUUUAUCUCUGGAUAAAGGAACCAGCGUUAUGUCGAAAGCAGGGAGGGUGGGCAGCUGUAUAUUAUAAAUAUUAAGAUUCGCCUUUUAAUAUAGACCCAUCAAUGUACACAGUGAUUCAUGGAGUUUCCAUACACAUGAAAAAAGUCUGAUUCCAGAAACCUAACAGUUUGACGGCAGAAGAGGCGAUCAGCGCAGGGUUGCCAUAUUUCAAAAAGUAAAAUUCAUAUUUUUUUUAGGAAAACACCAAAAUUAUUGAGCUUUUUGGGUGAGACCACCCCCAAAAAUCGUGAUUUUGAGCUUUUGUAGCCAUUUUUACACCUGAAAACCAGGACAUAAGGGAAAGAAAGAAAGAAAUAAAGAAAGAAAGGAAGAAAGGAACGGGCAGAAAGUGGGGGGGAGGAGAGUCAACAAUAACAAGCCCAAAUACAACAAAAUGACCAUUAUAUCCUGCAUGUUGAGGCUUGGCUAUUUCUGUUAUCGGUAGAGACUUGUCUGUGUGGGAAAGCUAAAUAGGUUCUGGACUUGCUGUUCUAUCUUCUGCUGGGAAUAUUUCUGAUAGGCUGGAGAUGAGCACAAGGAAGAGUUUAGCAGGGCGGGCCACGUUAUAGAUCAAGGCCCCAAAGACCUGAUCAAUAGGCACUUUUCUGCUGCAAGAAAUAAGACAAUCACUAGGGGGCAUUGCUGUGUCAUAAGGACCGUUUCCUCUUUCAACAUUUCCCCCCCCCCGCCCCCCCAAAACAACACUCACUUGCAGAGGGUCUGUUUUUGGUGGUGAAAGAAAGCACUGCAGGUACGGAGGAAAACAGCCCAGGCUUCAGGGGAAUAAUUGCUGGUUUUGUAUUUCCAAACAAGAUUCUUCGCUUGGUUCUCUGCCUCAAAAUACCUCUGCUUCACCCAGUUACAAUGGUACCUUGGGUUACAUACGCUUCAGGUUACAUACGCUUCAGGUUACAGACUCCACUAACCCAGAAAUAUUACCUCGGGUUAAGAACUUUGCUUCAGGAUGAGAAUAGAAAUCGUGCUCUGGUGGCAGCAGGAGGCCCCAUUAGCUAAAGUGGUGCUUCAGGUUAAGAACAGUUUCAGGUUAAGAAUGGACCUCCAGAACGAAUUAAGUACUUAACCCGAGGUACCACUGUAUAGAUCUGGGUUAGCACAAGGCGCAGCACCAACGCAAGUGAUCAACAAGAAUUUCUUAAAUCCAAACUCUGGCCUGAAAUCUUGAAGAGCUUCCAGUCAGAGUGGACAGUGCUGAGCUAGAUGGACCAACAGCCUGACUCAGACUCGGCACACACAUUACCGCUUCCUCUGGCUCCAGCAUGCGCUCUUGCCGCUGGUGCUUGAAGCCAAUGCGCAUAGCGUUAGUCGUGAGGGUGUACAUUUCAAGCAGCCACUGCCCAUGCGCAGAGGACAGCUUCAGUGAAUUUGGCGCAGGGAAACGCAUCGGUUAACGGGCAUUGGGCGAAGGCCUCUCCACCGCCUCUUUGAUGUGAACAGCAACGUAAAAAAGCUACUUUAAAUGUGGGAGGGAGGAGGAAAAUGCCCCUUCUGCCACGAAUGUGCACAUAGCCUCAGUAGAAACCCUUUCCUAUGUCCUUAUAAUGAUUGACCCACCCACGGUGAGUGGGUCUUCUUCCUCCCUUUCCCCUAUGGGGCUCAGACUCCCAGGAGGUUAGAUUGGCCUCAACCAGGGCCAGGGCCUUUUCAGCUCUGGCCCCGGCCUGGUAGAAUGCCUUACCGCAGGAGAUCAGGGCCGUGUGGGAUUUGACCUCUUUCCGCAGGGCCUGCAAGAUGGAGCUGUUGCGCCUGGCCUUUGGGCUAGACUCAGUCUAACACACACACCCUCAUUUUUUUUUAAUGGAACCCCUUAUAUGGGAUUUUGUAUAUAAAUUUUCCCUCGGCUCUUUUGCUGGCCCAUGUAGGACCAGCAUGGAUAGUUGGCCUGGUGAAUAUUUGACGUUUUCUCGCCUUAUGGCUUUGAUCUAUGGGCUACCACUAAAACGAGGCUGCAUUUUAAGCUGCAUAUUAAACUGUAUUCAAACUUAUAUUUUAACCAACUGUUUGUUUGGUUUUUUGUUUUUAAUAUUUUUACUGUAUUUAUAUUCGGUGUUAAUCUCCCUGAGCCUGGUCUUGGCUGGGGAGGGCAGGAUAUAAAUAAAAAUUUAUUUAUUUAUUUAUCUCCUGUUCUUCAACCCGGUGCUCUAUGUAUAAACGAGGCACAGUAGGAGGCAGCUGUUGGGGUGGGUCUGUCCUUGUUUUAUGUCCUGUCUGCUUUCUGCUUGUCAAUAGUGUCUUUUUCUUCCUUAGUGGGUCUUGAACCCUCCUGGCCAGGGAGCUAUGUGGGCAGGGUGUCGCGUGGGUUUCUCCUUGUUUCCCAUACGUGUGCUGGGCUCCAGAGUGGUGACUGUCAGGAACAGAGCAGGAUUCGAACCCUUGCCUGCAGAACUUUGAGUAGUGGGUUCAUGGCAGGCUGCGGGUGAUGUUUUGGGAACAGUGUGUGUUAAGGCCAUGUCCCUUUUGUGAAUUCAGUUGCUCUGUCUUUCCACGUGCAAGCGGCAUAUGAGCUUCAGCACCACCCCUCACUACAGUGGUACCUUGGUUCUCAAACACCUUGGUACUCAAACAACUUGGAACCCAAACACUGCAAACCAGGAAGUAAGUGUUACAAUUUGUGAACCUUUUUCGGAAGCUGAACGUGCUCCAUUUUGAGUGUUACGCUGAGGUCUGUCUAUUUUUGCUAUUUAUUUUGCGUUUUUGUUUUUGCUGCUCUGUUUUCUUCUUUUUGUGACUGUGUGUAACCCAGUUCAGCUACUGAUUGAUUGUGUGACUGCAGUACAGUGGAGCCUCGGGUGACGUUGCCUCCGGCUUACGUCACCCUCAGCUUGCGACCAUCGGAAACCCGGAAGUACUGGAACAGGUUUACUUCCGGGUUUGCACCAUUCGCGCAUGUGCAGAAGCGCUAAAUCACACCGCGCACAUGGACAGACGCGAUGUUUUGGGUUGCGUCGUUUUCUGGUUGCGGCAGAUCCCUGCCGUAACCUAAGGUUCCACUGUACAUUGUUUACUGCUUUCCUUUUAUGGAUCAAUGGUCUCAUUAUAUAGUAAAAUUAAUGUUAAAUGGCUGUUUUAGGGGUUGUUUUUGAAAGUCUGGAAUGGAUUAAUCCAUUUUGUGUUACUUUCUAUGUGAAAGCGCGCCUUGGUUUUGGAAUGCUUUGGUUUUGGAACGGACUUCCGGAAUGGAUUAAGUUUGAGAACCAAGCUACCACUGUAGUGUGGUACAGCGGUGAUUCUGGAGACACUGCGAUCUUUACUCUGUCUUGGGAUUUCCCGUGUUGUGCACACUUUCCUCUCCCCUCCAGAGCACAUGUCUUCAGAGCAAAGCAGUGGCAUAUCUCUCUCUCACCCCUGACACAAAUGUUCUGUUUAGCAUCCAGCCUGAAGAAGUGUUCAGUGUAAGUCAAAAGCUUGCUUGCUCUAUCAAAAACUUUGGUUGUUCCUAAGAAAGGCGUUGUUUGCAGCCCGUGCUAAAAAAGAGGAUAUCAAAGAUCUGAGUUCCAGAAUCAGACAUUAGCAGACCUGCCUGUCCUGUGCUGUUCUUGGCUGUAAAAAUAUUGGCAUCAGACUGGAAGCAAUGUUCUGCUCUUUGGGAUUGGGGAGUGACCUGUGGGAGUACAUGAUUUCUGAUUCUCUGUUCUCCUGCAUUCUUUCACAAUAGCAAUGCGUGUGAAAUGUGCAGUGCAGCAGGAACCACAGAGGUUUUCUAUCUAACUUCUCCCUGGUGUCCCAUAUCCAGAAGAACCUAAGGAUGCUUUUUUAAAACAUAUAUAUUAAUAUUCUAUUAUUACACUUUUUAGAAACCAAAAUCAUUAUACAAGCUUGCUUGUCAAGUUGAAGUUGCUUAAGAUCCUAGCCUGUACUUGUUUGUAUAAUAUUCAAUACUUCAGAAAAGUCUUAAGAUUUUUACAGCUCCAAAAGAUUCAUUAUUUUGAAAGGAAAUAAAAGCUAUAUAGGGACACGGGUGGCACCGUGGGUUAAACCACAGAGCCUAGGACUUGCUGAGCAGAAGGUCAGCGGUUCGAAUCCCCGCGACGGGGUGAGCUCCUGUUGCUCGGCCCCUGCUCCUGCCAACCUAGCAGUUCCAAAGCACGUCAAAGUGCAAGUAGAUAAAUAGGUACCGCUCUGGCGGGAAGGUAAACAGGUUUUCUGGUUCGCCAGAAGUGGCUUAGUCAUGCUGGCCACAUGACCCGGAAGCUGUACGCCGGCUCCCUCGGCCAAUAAAGCCAGAUGAGCGCCACAACCCCGAAGUCGGCCACGACUGGACCUAAUGGUCAGGGGUCCCUUUACCUUAAAAGCUAUAUAUCCAUGCACGUUUCAAGAAAUGGAUUUCAUAAAACCCCCAAAUAAUUUCCCGACUUACUUUCUGCUCAAUUCUGUUUGCUUUUCAGACCAGCCAGCCCCUUUUUUCCCUCUGAGCAUGUUACCCAGCCACACACAAAGGUUUUCAUUCCCCAGUUCUUCAGCCAUGCAGAGUAGGGGGUUUGUUGCAGGUCCUGGAGAGAUCAAGGUAGCUACUGGGGACGAUUCAUUUUUUGAACCAAGAGCAACAGACUGAAGCUGGCAGGUAAUUAAGGGUCUGCGGACGACAUUUCAGUCGACAUUGCAAGUUAGGAUAGCUCAGUAGCAGCAGCGUGUUGCAAAAUAUUGCAGUGAGUUUGGCAGGGCAUCCUGCGGCCCAUUUUUUUGGGGGGGGGGCGCAGGCUGCUAAUGGAUCAGAACUGAGAAAGGGAUCAUGAUGCUGAAUUGAAAUUAAACGAUAGAUUGAACUCACUCCUGCGGGGUAACUGCCUUAAAAAGUGUGGCGUGUUUUCUCUCUUACAGGUAUACGUACUGUAUUCAGCCCUACCUGGCACUUGAGCUUGGGAAUUUCUGCAUGCAAGGCAGAUGUUCUGCCUCUGAGAUGCAGCUUCCCCCCGAGCUGUUGCUUCCGAGCUAAAAACAGCACCAUUCAUAACAUGCUUUAAUGCAUUCACAGCCAUAUCUGGUAGCUGAGCCAAAGGAUAGGCUUGCCCUGGAAUUUAUCUGAUUAACUGAUCAAUACGUCUUCUUAAAAUUGCAUCGCAGCCCUAGUAAGAAUUACCAGGCACAAGAAUCCUUGAGCUGCGUUGUAUAAAUGGUUAGCGAUAAUAUUUUUUUAAUUAAAAAAAUAACUGUAUGCCCAUGGUGUUGUUAAUUCGAGUCAGCUUGAAAGCUUGCUUUUUCCUUAGGAAGGUGGCAAGAUGGAAAUGGGCAGAGAGAUGGUUCUUUCUUCUCGGCAGCUCUGUGGUUUUGGUUAGACCGAGAUGUAGUGAUAGCCGAAACUCUCUCCCUCCCUCCCUCCCUCUCUCGGCAACACACUUUACUGUGCAACAAUCUGCUGUUGUAAGAAUGUGGUAGGAACAGCAACCAUAUGGCCCUUGUUAUACCAGUUCUUUUGAAAUAAAUGGCAGGUCUUUGUGAAAGGGGUCAGACAACCACUAGAUGGAGCGAGAGGCUCAGGGCGGUCACUCUGGGGACGCUGUGGGGCCCUUUGGCUCACGCUCUCUGCUUCUACCUGCAGGGCAGGGAGCCAGGAAUGUGCGGAAUCUGAUCUCAUCCCAGGCUAAGACAAACACCGGGCAGCAGUAGAGAGCUGGGCUGUACCACCCCCUGGGACAGAGGGGUAGGAGGGGGCAGGGAGCCAGGACUGAGCUAGAAGAGGGGGUGCUCAGGAAUGAAAAGGUGUCUGGAUUCACAGGAGAAUGUUCCAGGUGGUGCAGAUUAUGCGCAUAUCUCACAAGCCUGUUCACACGCUUGACGUUUUAUUAUGUUUUUACAGGUGCUGGAAGCCGCCCAGAGUAGCUGGGGAAACCCAGCCAGAUGGGUGGGGUAUAAAUAAUAAAAUUAUUAUUAAUUAUUGUUACGUUACCCGCUGAUUUAUGGUCCAUUGGUGCUUGGCCUAAGGUGAAGGGAGGGCUUUUAUCUCAAGGCACCGAGUUCAAAUCCCACCAUUGCCAUAAAGGGCUGGGAAAGACCCCUGUAUCAGAAAUCGCAGGGGGGGCGCUGUUGCCAAUGGUCUGACGCAGGUGGCGCUGUGGGUUAAACCACAGAGCCUAGGACUUGCCGAUCAGAAGGUCGUCGGUUCGAAUCCCUGCGAUGGGGUGAGCUCCCGUUGCUCGAUCCCUGCUCCUGCCAACUUAGCAGUUCAAAAGCACGUCAAGUGCAAGUAGAUAAAUAGGUACCGCUCCGGCGGGAAGGUAAACGACGUUUCCGUGCGCUGCUCUGGUUCGCCCGAAGCGGCUUAGUCAUGCUGGCCACAUGACCCAGAAGCUGUAUGCCGGCUCCCUCGGCCAAUAAAGCGAGAUGAGCGCCGCAACCCCAGAGUCGGUCACGACUGGACCUGAUGGUCAGGGGUCCCCUUACCUUUACCUUUUAGAUUCCCACAUUCCUUUGCUAUAUGCUGAUGCCACGUUUAUGGUAUCAUUUUAAAAUCUGUGUACAUGGCCAGGUCCGUACAUUCAGCAGAAAGAAGUGGUAGAGUCCCAAGCAGGCAAACCUACCUUACAGGGGUGUUGUGAGGAUAAAAAGGAAGCCGGAGGGGGGAGGAGAGGGCAGGAUUUAUGAACUGCUUGGAAGGAUGCGAAGUUGAUCAAUAGGUAUAAUGGAUUGCAUCACCGUGAGGGCGGCAUUUUAAGCAUAAUUCUCUGGGUAUACAAAUGAAUCUACCCUGAAAGCAAGUAGCACAACAGGGAGAAAGCUAGGCUGCGACCUCUACCCUUAUUUGAUGCCAUUAUUUCUGCAGGAUUUUAAAGAAAGGCAACAGCAGCAUUCAAACACAACCUUCUGGCCUCCAGGAAUGGUGCAGCCCAUUCCAUUGCCACCUCCGUUCUUGCCCACGAGUAGACCAGGCCGCAAUGUCCAGAACCAAGUGGUAGAAUUCUGGACUGGAGUUCUUCAGACUGCAGUGUGGGGUGUGGAUGUGCCCCCCCCCCCCCGUUUUUCAGCACUUUCCCAUCUUAAAAACAGCAAGACACAACUCCAUACAUACAGCAAACCUCAGUAUUUCCUUGUUUUGUUGGCAGCUUUAAAGCUUCUUGUUCACCCGGGAGAACAGUGAACAAUGCAUCCCCCCCACCUCUGCUCUGAAAUGGUCCAGUCCAGAAUUCUACCUGUUGGUUCAUCCUGCAAAAUAUGUUAAAGGUCUCUCACCUCCCCAAGUUUCCUCCUUGAAUCCAAAUGGUUAGCACAACAGCAUGCAGGAAGCUAGAAACCAGGCAAAGCUACAACAACCUCAUUUGGAGGUUUAAGCUGAUGAAAUCAGGAACUUUUUCCCCUCCAGGAAUUAUUCCUCAGUGCAAUUGUUGCAGGAGCAUCUCUGAAAACAGACGUUAAAUCAGUCCUCGGAAUUGAUCUGUGAACUCGGAUUUUACACAGUGUGAGCUAAACAAUGGCUAGGGUUGGGCAGUGGGGGUGCUGUGUGUGUGUGUGUGUGUGUGUGUGUGUGUGUGUGUUUAAGGGUUUGGGGAAGAGUGUUUUUACUUGGCUUUUACAUUCAUUACUAAACCAGAAGCAAAGAAAAAGAAAAGCAAAAAUAUCAAGGAAAUCGAAGAUAACCCAUCAAGCCCACAAAAAACACUGGCAGAAACUUUACAACCUACUUCCACCAUCCUCUACACCAGGCUUAAAUAAAUCUGCCCCACGGGGCAGUAAAGAGAAAGGCAAAUGUGUGUGUUAUAACACUGUGUGUUACUUCACUGUACAGUGGUACCUCUGGUUACGUACUUAAUUCGUUCCAGAGGUCCGUUCUUAACCUGAAACUGUUCUUAACCUGAAGCACCACUUUAGCUAAUGGGGCCUCCCGCUGCUGCCACACCGCCAGAGCACAAUUUCUGUUCUCAUCCUGAAGCAAAGUUCUUAACCCGAGGUACUAUUUCUGGGUUAGUGGACUCUGUAACCUGAAGCGUAUGUAACCCGAGGUACCACUGUAUAUCCGCUGCCUGUUUGCCCAUAUGUGUUUUGUGCCUCCAUCGUGUUGGAAAGGAUGAAUUGCUUUGGGUUGUGUUUACUAUGCAGAGGUGGCAGCUAGUUCCUUUCAGCUGUUGGACUACAACUCUCCUCAACUGCUUCCAAUAUGGGCAGUGGUCAGGGAUGAUGGGAAUUGUAGUCCAUCAACAUCUGGUGAACACCAUGUCCACUACCCCUCCUCUCCAACCAGAUUAUUGAGCAUGGAGUGUGUGUCCCGUCCCCGGUCCCCAUUCCCUGUGGAGGUGAUGGCCCCUCUGCUGCCCCCUCCUGGCGGGGGAGAGGCACCUUAGUUGCGGUUGGCUAGUUGUCCUUCACCCCUUCAUGGAUGCCGUAGCGAAGGGACUUGAAGAACUCAGAGAAGCUAUGGAACUAUGCCGUGCAGGGCCACCCAAGAUGGACAGGUCAUAGUGGAGAGUUUUGACCAAAUGUGAUCCACCUGGAGGAGGAACCGGCAAGCCACUCCAGUAUCCCUGCCAAGAAAACUCCAUGGACAAAGACAACAGGCAUAUAAAAGUUAUGACGCUGGAAGAUGAGCCCCUCAGGUCGGAAGGCGUCCAACAUGCUACUGAGGAAGAGCAGAGGACAAGUACAAGUAGAUUCAGAGCUGAUGAAGCGGCUGGGCCAAAGCCGAAAGGUCGCUCAGUUGCGGAUAUGCCUGGAAGCGAAAGGAAAGUCCAAUGCUGUAAGGAAAAAUAUUGCAUUGGAACCUGGAAUGUAAGAACCAUGAACCUGGGUAAGUUGGAUGUGGUCAAAAAUGAGAUGGCAAGAAUAAAUAUUGACCCCUGGGCAUCAGUGAACUAAAAUGGACGGGAAUGGGCGAAUUCAGUUUGGAUGACCAUCAUAUCUACUACUGUGGGCAAGAAUCCCGUAAAAGAAAUGGAGUGGCCCUCAUAGUCAUCAGAAGACAGGAGUGCCUGGCGUCCUCUGGUCCAUGGGGUCACGAAGAGUCGGACACGACUAAACAACAACAACAGUUGUCCUUCAAGGGUGCUUCUGAGCACGUGAAGAGCGUCCUUUUUGCUCACUGGGUAAUCGCCAGCCACCUGCGCACCCAUGCGCAUCUGGGAUGAAAGAAGAAGGGCUCCCCCUCCCAAAGGAUCUGCCUACCCCCCCUUUCCCCCUUUCCCAAAUCCCCUCCCCCACUCGCCUGCCAGCCUCUGCGCUUGGCCAGCCCGCGGCCAGGCGAGGGUUAACAGGUGUGGCCCCUCCCCCUGCCCGGCUGCCUUUGGCGGCGCCUUCUUCUGCUCCGCAGGCAGUUCGGGUUCGGCCAGCGCUGCCGCCGUUGGCCCGUUCUGGGUCUCCUCCCCAACUCGCCCCCGACCAGCCAAGGAAGGAGCGAGGUGAGGGCGCGCUUCGGCAAGGCGGGGGCGCGCGUCGCGGGGGAGGCGGCCACAUAGAGUCGCCCAAAGUUCGGGCAAGUUUGCAAAAGUUUUUUUGGGGGGUGGGGGUGGGAAACGACGGGGUAGGAGGGCGAUCCCAGCCGCUUCCGGGGGGGGCAGGGAUCCUAACCCCCCCAAGACAUCCCUCGGGAUGGAAGCUCCCGGUUAAAGCCCCACGUUUCCUUUUUCUGCUUUGUUUCCUGAUCUGCAAGCCGCCGGGCGGGGGGGGCGGCGCAGGGGGAGCCUGAGUUGGGGGGUCUCUCACUAGGCUGGACCCGGGAGCCUGAUUUAAGCUGACCCCCCCCCAGGCGAAGGGGCACGAGGUGGGGGGGGCGCCUUGGAAACUUUGGAGAAGUUGCGGGUUUUUCCCACGAAGGUGCCGCUUCCAGGUGGGAGAGCGGAGAGAGGGGUCGGCGCCGGAGGAGAAAGAGCGCGCUCGGAUUUGCUCCGAGCUGAGCACGGGACGAGGGUCCUGCCUUGAACCGUAUGAGUAUUUGGCUUUGGAAGGAACUGGCCGCACCUUUCUGUCCUUAGAAAACACAGCAGGAAGACUUGGGGGAAGGGGAUGCUUCAAUCCUGUGCGCAUUAUUCCCCCCCCAGUGAAGUCCCACUGAACUCAGUGGAUCAGAGUUCCGAGUAGACGCGUGUCUUUUGCAGCAGUGAAUCACAGUUCCGAGUAGACGCGUGUCUUUUACAGCAGUGAAUCAGAGUUCCGAGUAGACGCGUGUCUUUUGCAGCAGUGGAUCACAGUUCCGAGUAGACGCGUGUCUUUUGCAGCAGUGGAUCACAGUUCCGAGUAGACGCGUGUCUUUUACAGCAGUGGAUCAGAGUUCCGAGUAGACGCGUGUCUUUUGCAGCAGUGGAUCAGAGUUCCGAGUAGACGCGUGUCUUUUGCAGCAGUGGAUCAGAGUUCCGAGUAGACGCGUGUCUUUUACAGCAGUGAAUCAGAGUUCCGAGUAGACGCGUGUCUUUUACAGCAGGCUUUCUCAGAAUGGGUGUGGGAGAGAAACCCAGGCAGAUGGGAUUAUUAUUUAAAAGAAGGCUGGAAAUAUCUCCGAUGCCUGAUCACCCAGGCAUUUGAAAUGUAAUGAUGGCACUGCUUCUCUUCCAAACACUAAUUACUUUGUUGUACAUUAAUUUUAUGUAUAGACUUGGCACAGCUUUGUGGCUGUAAGAGACUAACUAUGAAUCAAAAGUCCUGGGUUUGAAUCAUGCAUGCCUUUGCCAUCAACUCAUCAGGUGGCAAGCAGCUCUCUCCCAGAUUCAGCCCCCACUCGUCUUCUGCAGUAUAUAGAGAGAAUCAUAGAAUUGUAAAGUUGGAAGGGACCACGAAGAUUAUUUAAGUCCAACCCCCUGCAAUGGAGGAAUCAAAACGACCCUGAGAUUAAGUCUCAUGCUCUACCAACUGAGCUAUCUGUGAGUAAUAAUGACGCUCACCUGCUUUACAAAGUUGCUGUAAGUAUUUUGAGCAUGCAAAAACACUACAUAAAUGCCUGGGAUAACUACUCUGCUUCUGUACAAUUCCGAGGUCAGACACUAGCCAUCCCAUUGCACAGGUGAGGUAAACUGAGGGUAAGAGAGAUCCCAGUUUGUUCCAGACCCACUGAAUGAGUUAUUGGCUUAAACAGGGACUUGAACCCCAGGUUCAUUGCCAACCCAAUAUGACCCAGUGAAGAGAGACAAAGGACUGUACAUGAUGUCUUGCAUGAUUUGGUCUUCUUGCCACAUGAGAAACACUGUGGUGUAGGUGGUUACAGUGUCAGGCUAAGAUUGGGUAGACCCAGGUUCAAGUUCUCCCUCAGCCAUGAAGCCUUGAGCGAACAACUGAGCUGGCUAAAGUAAGGAGGGCUGUGGAAUAUAGAGGGAAAAUGUGAAAUAGUUCUUCAUUUCUGGCAUUACUGGGACCUAAGACUGCGUAGAAAUCUCCUUCUUUAGCUUGAAAUCCUCUUUCUUUGUAAUGUGUGGUGGAGCCUGAUUGUGCCUCCGAUUGUGGCACCCAUGCUCAGAGGCGCAUUGUCUGCUUUGUGUGUUCAGGGGUGAGCCCAGGUAUUGAAAAAGAGUCCUGGGGCUGAGUCCUGGCUCAAAAACAGCUGUGACUGGAAGCCAGGAUUCCUGGAUGGUAUAUUUUGCUCUCGGAGAUGAUUCCAUGGUGGAAAUUAAUGCUUUUCAAGGCAAGAUCUAGGGGGGAGGGGUUGCAGGAAAUUGCUACCUUGCUGACUCUGGAAGAUAUGUAUUGGCCUGCCCAUUUUGACUCUUGUCUGGGGAUUAGGUGAACCUUUGCCUCAGGCAGCCAGCCAAGAUGACGUGACCAGGUGUUGCAAGGAUUUCCGGGGAAGGGCUCCACCUGCUGAACUCUGCCCAUGCAUCACAAUCCCAGCUCAUAAAAUGCUGGGUUCUCUCCCUCCCUCCCCUCUCUUUCUCUUUAUUUUUCCUGUCCUCCUCCUCAAACCUACCUGAAUUUACCCUCCAGCUACUGUUCUCCUGGUCUCAACCUUGAUUUGCUCUUUUGUUUUGAGAAUAAGCCAGUGGUAAGAGUUUCAGAACCCUGCAGGCCAGGGUUCAGCCCCCUCCCUUUGGCUUUCUCCGUUUCUGCCAUAUGUAAAACAGGAAUGAUAGCAGCUUUUACGGGACCCGUAAACAAGGAUGAAUUGGAUGGGGGAAAGCCAUACAGUCACCGAAGUGAGAAAAUACAUACUGGUAAAUUCCAACCCUGUGGAAGCAUCUCCAAUCCCAUCGUUUGCCCGGACACUGAGGUCCAGUGCCAAGGGCCUUCUGGCAGUUCCCUUGCUGCGAGAAGCCAAGUUACAGGGAACCAGGCAGAGGGCCUUUUUGGUAGUGGCACCCGCCCUGUGGAAUGCCCUCCCACCAGAUGUCAAAGAGAAAAACAACUACCAGACUUUUAGAAGACAUCUGAAGGAAGCCCUAUUUAGGGAAGCUUCUAAUCUUUAAUAGACAUUAAAUAGACAAUGUUUAAUGUUUUAAUAUUUUGUUGGAAGCCACCCAGAGUGGCUGGGGAAACCCAGCCAGAUGGGUGGGGUAUAAAUUAUUAUUAUUGUUACUGUGCCCCCUUUAGCACAGCAUAGUUCAAGGCUGAUUAUAUUCUAUGCCCCUGCAUCAUGUGUGCAGAGGGCCUGGUGCUUCAACCACAGGCUGGUAAAGGUAAAGGGACCCCUGACCAUUAGGUCCAGUCAUGACUGACUCUGGCGGCGCUCAUCUCGCUUUAUUGGCCAAGGGAGCCGGCGUACAGCUUCCGGGUCAUGUGGCCAGCAUGACUAAGCCGCUUCUGGCAAACCAGAGCAGCGCAUGGAAACGCUGUUUACCUUCCCACUGGAGUGGUACCUAUUUAUCUACUUGCACUUUUUGGCAUGCUUUUGAACUGCUAGGUUGGCAGGAGCAGGGACCGAGCAACGGGAGCUCACCCCGUCGCGGGGAUUUGAACCGCCGACCUUCUGAUCGGCAAGCCCCAAAUGCCCCCAUUCCAGCUGCACAUGAGAAAGACAGAGUCUUGAGCAGAGCGAAAAAGCGUGUUUUCAUAGGGUCAUUGGAAGCUGCCUCAUAUCUGAGUCACAUUGAUCGGUCCAUGUGACUCAGUAUUCUUGAUACUGAUGGGUAGCGACUCUCUAGCGAUUUGAAUCUUUCUCAGCCCUACCCAGAGAUGCCAGGGUUUGAACCGGGAUCAUUUGCACGCCAAGUGUGCCUGCUCUGCCCCUGAGCUAAUGCGCCCUCUUGCAGAAUAGAGGACUUUGCAGCUGGAGGGAAUCUCAGGUAAGGUAAGGGGAGGGGUCCACUAAUGUGCUCUUUCUCAAAGCGCCACAAAGCUCUGGAUCAGGGGUAGGCAACCUAAGGCCCAUGGGCCGGAUGUGGCCCAAUCGCCUUCUCAAUCCAGCCCGCAGAUGGUCCGGGAAUCAGCCUGUUUUUACAUGAGUAGAAUGUGUUCUUUUAUCUAAAAUGCAUCAGCGUUAUUUGUGGGGCAUAGGAAUUUGUUCAUUCCCCCCCCCCCCCAAAAAAAGUCUGGCCCUCCACAAGGUCUGAGGGACAGUGGACCGCCCCCCCCCACUGAAACAGCUUGCUGACCCCUGAUCUAGUCCAUGGGUAGGCAAACUAAGACCCGGGGGGCCGGAUCCAGCCCAAUCCGGCCCGUGGAUGGUCCGGGAAUCAGUGUGUUUUUACAUGACUAGAAUGUGUGCUUUUAUUUAGAAUGCAUUUCUGGGUUAUUUGUGGGGCAUAGGAAUUCGUCCCCCCCAAAAAAAAAAUAUAGUUCGGCCCACCACAUGGUCUGAGGGCCAGUGGACAGGCCCAUGGCUGAAAAAGGUUGCUGACCCCUGCUCUGGAUCUACACCAGGCUGUCACCUUGAACCCUCAGCAACACCCCUCCCCCUGCACAUUUUAUUUCAGGAGAAAAAGUUUUUCAGAGCAAUAGAAUAUGCGGGGAGCUGAUGUGCUGUCAGCACUCAAUUUGGGUUUCCUUGGCUCAGGUUUGCUUGUUGCUGUUGUUUUUACCACAGGGUACAUGCAACAGCUCUGCCUUCUUCCACCCUGUCUCACAGCAGAUCCCUCCCUCAUCCACUCCCUGGGAACAGGGAGCCGCCAGCAGUGGCUGGGAGGGGUAGGGAGAAAGGUGUUGACACUAAACAGUCAUAGCAAAGGAAUUGACUGCGGUAGUUUGAAGAGCCUGGGGCAGGGAAGGGGGAGAGGAGAGUCUGGCAGAGCCUCUGCUCUGUGCCACCCCAUACCCUUCCCUUUCCCACGUUCGUCACGCUGGCGUGCAACGCGACCGAUCUCCUCAUUGAGGCAUAGGCGUGCGUGUGAAUUUCGGCUCUGUGGAUUCACAUUUGGCAAUGCUGUGUGUGUACGAGAAAGAGAAUUGGGGGUGGGGGAGUGAUGAAUGCAUUAAGUGUUGUGGCACAAGGAAGAAGAAUCUUUGGCGCAAGGUGCGUCUGCGCUCCACAGGGCAUGCGGAGAACGCUUUCUGCGGCCCUUGUACCUGAUGUGAAUGUCGUUCUCGGUGUGAUUCAUGCCGAGAGCAGUUCUGGUCUCUGCUGCGACUGGGAUUAGUUACGUAACUCGGGGAGGCUUCCUGGCUGUUCUCUGGACUCCCAGCUGGGCUCAGCCUUGAUCUGGUCUCGCAGGGAAGCAGCUGUGGGCUUUGGCCCGGGCCCAGAAAUGUGGAUGUCGCUGCCCCCAGACUUCCCACCGUGGAUGUCUGUGGACAUAUGAGUUGACUGGCGAGCCGGGCGGAGGGGAGGGGAGCUGGGGGUGGGGGCACUUCAGCUUCUACCCCAUCCGGAGCGCUGGCUUUGAGCCAGCCUCAGGUACGAGGGAGAGGUUCGGGUUUCUCUCCCUCUCUAAUAACUGGGUCUUGUUCUCUGUCAAGGAAACCCUGAAUUAUUCCAAUCAACGUAAUACACGUAAAACGCUUCUUUCAGUGGAGAGCACUAUUGCGGGGGCAUGAGACAGGCAAACCAUAGCUUUUAAAAGCUUGUCUAGCCAAUUAGAGUGAAGCUACAGCAGGGAAAUGUAAUUGCUAAAUGCAGUGUCCAUAUUCAAGAGGCAAUAUGCCUGUGAUUAUUAGAUGCCGAGGGGCAAGCAAGAUGGCGGUGGUGGUGUUUAUCUUCACAUGGUUUCCUGGACUAUUUAUCUGGCCGCAGACUGCUGGACUAGGUGGUCUGACCCUGGCAGAGCCUAAUGUUUGUUCCUAAUCCAUGAUACCCCCACAAUUACUGACUUAACCUCAGCAACUCAAAACUGGCCAAAAUACUGCCCCUGAACAGGGAUGGGAAGGGAGCCUUUGGUCAUCCAAAUGCUGUUGUACUACAACUCCCAUCAUCCCUGGCUGCUGGCUUAUGGUUCCAACAAGCCCCAGAAUGUGGUCCAGGAACGGCCAUGUUGAGGUGGUUCAGUCUGUACUCGCUGGAGCCCGUAGUCACCAUGAAGUAGGUUGAGUGACCUGUUGAUGUCAAGCAUCCUCUGAGACAGGAGUCUCUUCUGCAAGAAGCCCUCCCACUUCUCAUGGUGAGAAUGCCAGCAUGGCCAGUAGUCAGGGGUGAUGGGAGUUGUAGUCCAAAAACAUCUGGAGCACCACAGGUAAACACAGCCCUGAUGUAAGAGAAAGGCUGGGAUCCCACAGCCAAUCGUAGUCUCCUUCUGAGACCUGCCCAUCGGGUGGAUUUGCAAUGGCUGUCAUGGCUUGCACUUCAGGUACAUGGAAGAGUUCCUGAAGAAAGACCCGGGGAGAUUAAUAAUAAUAAUAAUUUAUUUAUACCGCUGCCCAUCUGGCUGGGCUUCCCCAGCCACUCUGGGCGGCUUCCAACAAAAUAUUAAAAUACCAUAAUACAGCAAACAUUAAAAGCUUCCCUAAACAGGGCUGCCUUCAGAUGUCUUCUAAAAGUCUGGUAGUUGUUGUUCUCUUUGACAUCUGGUGGGAGGGCAUUCCACAGGGCAGGCGCCACCACCGAGAAGGCCCUCUGCCUGGUUCCCUGUAACUUGCCUUCUCGCAGUGAGGGAACCACCAGAAGGCCCUCGGCGCUGGACCUCAGUGUCCGGGCAGAACGAUGGGGAUGGAGACGCUCCUUCAGAUAAUAAGGAAACAUUUCCUCUUUCCUUCUUUAGUGCAGCCUUGAUUCCAGCACACUUGUGGGGCUAGCGAUGCUUGGGCAAAAUGCCAUCCUUGGGACGCUCUGCCCCCCUUUCCAAUACCAUAUAAGCCCCACUGUGCCCCAUGGCGGAGAUGGGGGGCACAAGAACUUACCCAGCCCUGGUUUGACCAAUGGCUGUGUAACAUGGAAGAACCUGGAAAUGCCAGUCCCAUUCAAGGGCUACCUGUGGAGUGGCAGCUGAGGGAAGCAGAGCGUUCCUGUGGAGACAAAACCCUCUCUUGUGGGGAGAGUGGCUCUCCUGAACCACCUCUGUGCCCAGCUUUCCUAACCCUGAAUAGAUGUGCACUCUGCCCAUGCUCCUCAGCUCUCCAUUGUCUGAGAUGCUUCUCUACCCUCUUUCCUUUUCCUUGUGAUAUUGCCUUCCCUCCACUUACUUCAAGCAGAUCCUAUCUCUCUUUUUUUUCAUCCUUCUUCUGUAGCAUCAUGCCCUCCACAGAUGACUCAGCUGCUUGCAUCUGCAGAAUCACACCCGCUUCUUACUCUCUUCUUGUCUCCCUAUGGCAGUAACCAGCUGAGGCCCCCCAUCCGGGAGUUCCAGAUGGGUCUUGGAUCAAAGUGAUUCCCGUCCCUCAGAAGCAGGAGACAAACCAAUCUUCCAGACAUGGAGGUGAAGGGGCAACUCAUCAACUCAUCCAGCUACAGCUCUUCAGGUACCUUCCUACUGAUACAUCUGAUGACACCCCCCUCCCAAAAAAUUAAUUUUUUCCCUUCCUGCCUGGCUGAUCACCUCGUCCUCCCAUUUCUGCACCCUGUGAGAGUUAAAUCUUUUUUAAAUUAUUAUUUAUUUAAAUAUUUUAUUAUUAAAAUAAUUCAACAUUAAUACAUAUUAUGAAUAUACAAACAUUGUAUGAAAUGUAUGUUUCUGUGAGAGUUAAAUCUGGGGCUUGCCAUGGAUUUCAAACCUUCACUGACCCUUUUAUUCAGGCGUGGGGAAACACAGACCUGGGGGCUCAAUGUUGCCCUCCAGACCCCUUUAUGGGACCCUUGAAACCCUCUCUCAGCCACAUCCCCUCCCCCCAGCCCUCACCCCUCACGCUGCUUUGCACCCCAAGCGUGUGCCCUUGAACUCUGAUCCUGCCUCUUGACAAACAGGGAGGGUGUGUUUUGUGUAUGUGUGUGGGUGUAGAAACUCGCCUACCAUACAAAGAUGAAAUUUGAAAUGUUCCAUUGCCCUGUUGUCGAAUUUCGCCCGUUAAUUUGGCUAUUUCCGCAUAUUCCAGAAGAGUGGCAGUACAAGGUCAUGGAAUAUGCGGAAAUAGCUAAAUUAAGGGGGUAAAUUCAACAACAGGGCGAUGGAACAUUUCAAAAAGAAUGGGGGGAAAUUAUGUUAUAUAUAGGAUCAGUGAAAUCAGUAGAAUGUAUAAGUGAAAUCAGUAGAAUGGAUAUAUAGGAUAAGUAAAAUCAGUAGAAUGGAAAUAAACCUCUUAAUGGGAAAUUAAAAGAAACUUUAUUGGAUGUUAAUGACAAUAUGAAUUAAGAUGUAAAAUACAAUCAAGGUAACUAAUUGUAUCUGUAAAUGAAUAUAGACAAACAACAAGACGUGUACAUACAGAAAGAUUUAUUUGUAUAUAGACACUGUACGGAUAAAGUUGAAAGAAAAACAAUAAUAUACAAAAUCGAUAAAGACAAUGCGAAAAACGUAGAGACGACAUUAAAAAGCCGGAAGAAGAAGGAAGGAGGGAAGUCAACUCUUAAGAGUAAAUGUAAAUGUAAAGUAAUGUGUAUAAGCAUAGUAAAAAGGUAAAGGGACCCCUGACCAUUAAGUCCAGUUGUGACCGACUCUGGGGUUGCGGCGCUCAUCUCGCUUUAUUGGCCGAGGGAGCCGGCGUACAGCUUCUGGGUCAUGUGGCCAGCAUGACUAAGCCGCUUCUGGCGAACCAGAGCAGCGCACGGAAACACCGUUUACCUUCCCGCCGGAGCGGUACCUAUUUAUCUACUUGCACAUUGACGUGCUUUUGAACUGCUAGGUUGGCAGGAGCAGGGACCAAGCAAUGGGAGCUCACCCCGUAAUGGGGAUUUGAACCACCGACCUUCUGAUCGGCAAGCCCUAGGCUCUGUGGUUUAACCCACAGCGCCACCCGCAUCCCUGUAUAUGCAUAGUAUGUAGUUAUAAAAUCAAUAAAGAUUAUCUUCAAAAAAGAAGAAGGUGAAAUUUGAGUUUGUUGCUCUGCUAGCUUUUGCUUCUGGCCACCCCUGGCAUGUGGCCCUCAGAACAUUGCCCACAAAGGACUGCGGCCCUCAGGCUGGAAAAGGAUCCCCUCCACCCCCGCUUUAAUCAUCUGCUUCGCUCUUUCCUCCGCAGAGGCUUUGCAGCGGGACCUCUGUCCGCGGAUCCGGCUGGAGCGGGUGCAAGAGCUGCUGGAGAAGCAGCGGUCGCUCCAGCAAGUUCUCAGCCUGCGCCUUAAGGAGCUGCGCCGCAUUUGCCUUCAGGAGGCUGUGAGUACCCGUUGGCCGGAGCACGGCUUGAUGUGGGCGGGCGAGGGGCUGGCGCUGCCUCUGGGACUAGCCAAGACAGUUCCGGCGGCGUGGAAAGUUGAAACCGUCCCUGGAUGUAGAAAGCAGCUUGUGUCCCGUCAGACGGCAGAUUCUCAAGAAUCUCAGUUUCAAUAGGGCAAAUUCCUGGUCCGUGUUUGCUGGGGAGCAGAGGGUGAAAUCCGAGGAGAAGUAAAAAGUAGAGACCUCUUGAAAUUCUUCUCCCUAUUUGUGGGUAGAGAAAUUGGAGCAGAGGAACCCAGGAGAUGAACAGCGAUCCAGUGGUGUCUUGGGGAAGGAGGUCACCCUUAGCAGUGGCAGGAGCACAGUUUAUUUCUUUUUUCCCUAAAAAGGGGGCGGGUUGUGUGACCAACACACACACAUACACCCCCCAAAAAAUAAAGUGAAGGGUGUUUGAAAAAAAUUCUGCCAAGCGGACUCCUUUUUCUUUUUUAAAAACAUUUUUAUUGAUUUUCCAAUAAAAACAGCCAAUCAACAUAUCCACAUCAUAAUCCAAUUAAAAACAAGAAACUAAAAUUUUAAAAAGACCAAAUUGUAAUCCAAAUUGUAAUUAUUAAUUUUUCCGGGUUCCCCAUAGUCUGGACCUCUGAAGCAUAUCUCCAAAUCUUCAGUCCUGCCUCUUCUCAUUGUUUCCAUAUUUUCCGCCUUCUGGUUUUAACGCUUUAAAGUUCUCUGUCCCUGGCUAUGCGAUUCUCAAUCAUGAAAAAAAUUCUGCCAAGCGGACUCCUUUUUCUAAGGAAAAAAGAAAAACCUUGAAUUUUUCUCUGGAAAAAAUGUAUCCUCAAGAUUUCAGUGCCGCUCUAGUUUAAAACUGACAUUGGAAAGAGUUUGGGUAGUGGGCUGGCUGUCCUCCUCCACAUGUAAGAAAAUGCCAGCAGAUGCCACCCCCAAGUAGGUCCUGCUCUGUGCUUUGUUAGACAUAGAUAGGUCAGAGUUCCAUCCCUGGGCCUGAAAGCAUAAAGAGGAGCACACAGGGGGAAGGCCUCUUUAGAAAUAAUACUUCCAGCCUGGGCUGGUCAGGCCACUGGGCGCCACAUUCACAAACAGGAGCGCAACUCGAGCAGGGCAGACAGAUGGGUCAGGGGGUGUAGAAACUCAAGUGAUUUGAGGAACGGUUGAAAAACAGAUGGGCGCUUAUAGCCGGGAGAAGAGGAGAUGAAGGUGAGACUCAACAGCCGUCUUCAAGCAUCUGGAGAGCUGUCACACAGAAGAUGGAGUAGACUUGUUCUCUGUUACUCCAGAGGGAAAGACUAGUAGAACCAAGCAGUAUCCAAGCAGGUUAUAUUCAGAGCAGGCCCAGCGGAAUGAAUGGACCCAAGUUAACCACAUCCACCAAUUUCAUUUGGUCUACUCUGGAGUAUGACUAAUGUGGGAUGCAAUGCAAGGAAAGUUCAGGGAUUCAGAGUUUGGCCUGGCAGGAUGUCCUGCCAAACAUAUGGCCAAACUCUGGUUCCCUGCACUUUCCUUGGGUUGCAUCCCACAUCCCACAGUGCAGCAUCCCGGACAGGUGGCCAACCAGCCUCUGUUUAAAUCCCUCAGCAAAGGACGGCUCGGAAGGCAGCCUGUUCCACUGUCAAACAACUCUUAAUGAGGCUGCACUGCAGGUCCUGCAUUGAGCAAGGGGGAGAAGGCUAGUUGACCAUCAAGAUUCCAUCCAACCUUUCAUUAUUCUAGAUAAGUUGGAUUCAUAUCAUCUAGGACGGGGAUGGGGAGCCUGUGGCCCUCCAGUUGCUGUUGAGAGUCCAGCUCCCUUCAGUCACUCUCAUCAGCAUGCCCAGUGUUCAAGGAUGAUGGGAGAUGGAGUCCAGCAGCCUCUGGGGGGGGGGCAUAGAUUCAUCAUCCCUGAAGUAAAGCUUUUAUUUAUUUAUUUUUCAAGAAAGAACGGGGAAGGUUUAUUUAGGAGAACCACUGUAAGCGAAUGAAAACGCUAGCAGGAUCCUAUUAACACUCGAAACGUAACAAAUACCAUGGGCGAUACGGAGAGAUGCAAAAUACGGACGGUGAAAUAUUACACAGUUGAAAACGUUGAGAAUAUAGGACCCAGGGAGGGGAUGGAGGGAAGUCUGGAGUUUCGGAGAAAUCUCUAAAAUAUGAAAAUGUAUUUGGUAUUGUGAUAACUUUACAUCAAAUAGAAAUUAUUGAAGUAAAGCUUUUAGAGGUUGCGAACUGCGACAGAUCGGUUUUGGAAGUGCGCUGCAGAACAAAUAAAUGCAUGCAGAUCUGGCUGGUUUUGUGUGAGCUACCAAAAUCCAGCUGGUCUUGGUGCAGAAUUUUAAUCUUGAGCACAGAAGAUGAACAGGUGUCUCAGCCUGGCCCAGGAUGUCUCACCUGGGCAGUAUUGACAAUGCCGCUUGCAUCCCUUCCCAUUGCCAGGAACUGACAGGACAGUUGCCUGCCGAAUACCCCCUGGAACCAGGGGAAAGACCCCAGCCUGUGCGCCGGAGGACGGCAGUUGCCUACCGAAUUCCCACUGCCCUCAAGAAUGAGGUGAGCGGAGGGGGUGGGGGAGAGCGAGUGGUGGGGAGGGGGGGGGUUUCAGGGGCGGCUCUGACAAUCCUCCCGUUGCCUUGCAGGAAGCUCCUUCCCUGGAGGAGCUGACUCAGGAGCUGGCUCUUCAGCAGCAAGUGGCGGAGGCUGCCCGGCGCCUCACCGUGGCUCCAGAUCUGACAGCUGAGCAGCGCCGCCGCCGGAGGCAGGUGCAGGCAGACGCCGCCCAGCGCCUGCGGGAGCUGGAAGCUCAGGUGGCAGAGUUCCGGGUGCGACUAGGCAAAGGGCCCUCCCAGAGGGGCAGCCAUGGUGCGUUGCUCGUCCACCCUUUAAACCCUGUCCCCCUGCCAUCUGUGGGUGCAGUCCACCCUGCUGUAGCGCUUGUGCAGAACAUUUCUGCUUGUGCCCGGGAUGGGGGAGCCAGAGGUCCUUCACGUGUUGCCAGACUCCAGCUCCCAACACUGACCGUGCAGCCUGGAGGCGAAGGGAGUUGGAGUCCAGCAACGCUGGGAGGGCCACAUGUUCCCCACCUCUGGUUUGUGCCAUGGAACAUCUUCCCCUUCCUCUCCAUUCCACCACAGCCUUCAAAAUCUGAUACACGCCUUCAAAAUCUGCUUCAUGGGAGCAGGGAGACCCUCCAGGGCAUAUUUUGUGGGUUGCCCUAACCACUACUGGAAUGCAGCCCUUGACAGCUUUCCACUGGGAUAAGGACUCUUGGUCCAAAAGGGGUCCCCUCCCCCAGUAGCCAAAUAGACUGAGUGCAUUUUCUGGCAAUGUGAGGGUUUCCUACCAUGAUUCCUCCUCUUGUAGGAGUGAACUUGUGUGAAUGUAGCAGUUCUCCUAUCCAAGCUGCUCGGUACCCGCCCUAUCCUUCUGGUAUGGUCUGAGGAAUAUUAGUCAUCACACCCUGUUUUCUGAUUGAUCCCUGAUUUAUCUCUCUUUCAUCAAAACAAAACAAAAAAGAAGAGGCUUUUCAUUCAGAGAGCAGCUCCCUCUCCGAAUCAGCCAGCCAUGAAAAUGGUAAGUGUGGUCUGCGGCCCCCUGCGUUUCUUUCCUAGAUUAAGGAGGGAGCAGUUGGUGGUUCUGGGUAAAUGACAAGAGGCUAAAGGGAUGCCUUUGUCUGGUUUAAGGUGCUGGUUUUAACCUUUAAAGCCCUAUACGGCCUCAGACCUACGGGACCUCCUCUCCUGGUAUGUCCCACGGAGGACCUCAUGGUCUUCAAAUAAAAACAUCUUAGAGAUCCCAGGCCACAGGGAGGUUAGACUGGCCUCAACCAGAGCCAGGGCUUUUUGGCUGUGGCCCCGAUCUGGUGGAACGCUCUGUCACAAGAGAGUAGGGCCCUGCGGGACUUGACAUCUUUCCACAGGGCCUGCAAGACAGAGCUGUUCCACCAGGCCUUUGGCCAAGGCACAGUCUUUGGUAAUCCUCAUAGAACGCUAGCCCAAUGGUUGCUAUUAAUUUGAUUCUGAACUGAUUUUAGAAUGUAUUUCAAUUAAUUGACUGAUUUUAUGUAAAUUGUGCUAUUUUUACUGUUGUUAUCUGCUCUGAGCCCGGCUUUGGCUGGGGAGGGCGGGAUAUAAAUAAAAUUUUAUCAUUAUUAUUAUUAUUAUUAUUAUUAUUAAAUGUGAGGUGCUGAAGGCUCAAGCUACCUUGGCCCCUCAUCUUUGGCCCGGAGAUGAUGAAGCAAAGGGACUCUAGUAUUAAGGGGUGUGUUUGUGGGUGGCGUCUUAAUGAAUGCCUGAUUUGAGUGCAUAGCGUCAUCAAUGGGAUCCGGACGUGAAUUGAAAAUAACUCCUACUUUGGAGUCAGCUUCUUGGAAGAAGCAUGUUCUAAUGUGGAAGGGGUCAGGGUGGGGGAAGAGAACCUUCUCAUAGCACAUUUGCCAGACCAAAUCAAAGGUGGCAAAGAAACCCUCAAAUGUAAUGUGGCCAAAACAGCUUUGUUGGUGUUACUUAUUUUCUGCCCUCAAAAUGGGCCCAUCUAAGGAGGGAGACUCAUUGGCCUGUAGCAUCGUUUACUGUCCCCACGGUGUUGGGGCACCAGGAGAACAGAGGAGCAGGUGUGGCCCCAGCAUUGAGCAGUGCUGUUGAUUCACCCAGCCGAGUGAGAGCACAGAACCCAGUUGAUGCAGCAUACGGGGGAACUGAGUCGCAUGAGCUGGUACCUCCUCGAGGAACUCCCUGGUCCUCCUCGGAAGGACCCUCGUCCUAUGGUAAAACUGCUCCUGGGGUGUACCAUUCCAGACUGCAGGCAGCAGCUGCAUAACGGCAUGCUUUCUGCCCCUUUCUGCUAGGACUUCUAACUUUCUCCCUUGCAUUGUGUCCAACUGCCUGCAAUGCAGGAAUAUGCAGCCGUCCCUUAUAGGGAUCAAACCUGCAACUGUGGCGUCAUCAGCAUCUGAAAUAUCCAGGCUGAGGAUGAUCACAUUUAUGUUCAGAAAGCAUAAACUGUUGGACUACCAUUUUUUUUAUUGUUGUUGUUUUUGCCGAGGUAGGGGUGUGUGGAUGCUUCUACUCUGUGCCCUGUGCUCUGUCCUCAGACGACCCCCACAGCUUCCACCCCUCCAAAGUCUCCAACCACCAGGGGACUUUUUUUGACCGUCCUUCGCCCCCUAAGGCCCGAGAUCACCUGCGUGCCAUCUCCAGUAGCCCCGACCGCAGACCAGGAUGGCGGCUUUUGCAGCCGGACCUGUACAACGAGGGCAAGGACCGCAGGAACUCUGUUGCCAGCCCUGCCAGGUGACUAGGAGAUGCUUUUGGCCUUUUGUGUGUGUCUCUCCAGUAACAAAGUGAACCAGAGGGAGGAGGGAGUUUGUUGCUGAGCUGAUUGACACCCAGGGAGCCCCCUUAAGGGCCCAUUGCAAGGACACGUGCAGCAAAAGGAGGUGGGAUUGUAGAACGUCAGGCUGAAGAGGCAGGGUGCCAUUUUGAAUGCUGCCCCACAUAAAAAUGCCCACAGAGGUGAAAUAGAUUGCUCGCCUCUUCUUCCCUUUAGCAAAUGACUGUACUGUUGAAAUGAUGAUGAGAUCCCAUUGGCCUAUUUAUUCUGAAUGUUUUUAAGUGAUGCCAGUAAAGGUUUGAUGAUGGUGAUGAUGAUGAUAAAAAUGCAAAACACACAGCUCCCUGACAAUAGAAAGCUGGCCCAUGACGGAGAAAGGGAGUGAGCUAGACUGUAAGCCAAGUGCUGGCCUUCCAUGGCAGGGUGUUUGGGUUUGUUUCUUCAACAGAGAGAAACUUAAAAAAAAAAUAUUGAUGCCUGCCUAGCAAUCUUAAAUGGCUUCUUCUGCUCUGCCUCCUCAGGAGUUUGCUCCCUCAUUCAGUUGCACAUGUAAACCUGGCCACGUGUGUAGUAGCUGAUUUUCCUUAAAGGUUGGAGAUGGGGAGACCAUAUAACUCUUCCUAAAAGACCUGCAUUGGCUCCCAGUAUUUUUCCAGGCACAAUUCAAGGUGUUGGUGCCGACCUUUAAAGCCCUAAAUGGCCUCGGCCCAGUAGACCCGAAGGAGCGUCUCCACCCCCGUCGUUCAGCCCAGACACUGAGGGCUUUCUGGCGGUUCCCUCACUGCGAGAAGUGAGGUUACAGGGAACCCGGUAGAGGGCCUUCUUGGUAGUGGCGCCCACCCUGUGGAACACCCUUCCAUCAGAUGUCAAAGAGAACAACAACUACCUGACAUUUAGAAGACAUCUGAAGGCAGCCCUGUAUAGGGAACUCUUUAAAGAUUGAUGUUUAAUUCUGUUUUUAUAUUUUGCUGGAAGCUGCCCAGAGUGGCCAGGGCAAUCCAGUCAAAUGGGCGCCAUAUAAAUAAUAACAUUAUUAUUAUUAAGAAAGGAAAAGUAUAGCUGUUAAAUUUCUUAUUUUUUGUGUGCUGGCCAAGACUAUCACUUUGGUUCUGGCCUUUGUGGCCACCAAACCAGGAUCACGAAUGAGAAAAUGGGUGGGGAAAAGACUGGCAAGCCCUAUUGUGUAGUCAUGUACCAUUAUCCAAGUGGGCAUUUGCACUGUGUGGUUAGGAACCUCUCCCCCAUUUCCUGAUUCUGCCAUGAGAGAAAUCAUUCUAGGCUGCAACGAAGGGUCAGUUGCCCUGUUUUACUGUGUCCAGGGCUACAUGGGCUUUUUGGGCACAAUCAGCUUUGUUGAAGCCUUUUUUGCCAGAAAACUGUCUGAGAGCUUCAAUGAGGCCAAAUUCAUCACCUUCAGCAUGUUCUCGUUUUGUAGUGUUUGGAUCUCGUUUGUUCCAGUGUACCUGGGCACGAAGGGGAAAUACAUGGUGGCUAUGGAGAUCUUUUCCAUCUUAGCCUCCAGCACUGGCUUACUGGGCUCCAUCUUUUUCCCAAAAUGCUAUAUCAUUGUGUUGAGACGUGACCUGAACAGCAAGGAGUGCUUAAUAAAGAGGAAAUAAGGAACCCAGCCAACUGACACUGCCUUUUGUCUUAACAAUAAGGGCAGAUUAGAGAUGGUGCCUUUCUUCCCAGAUUCAUAAGGAUGAUAGAGAUUGGCACUUCAAGCCUCUCUUGACACCUUUGCCUCUAGGGUCAGCUUUUGGAGCAGGAGUAGCCCUGCAGAUGGUCUUGGGACUCCCAUGAACCCUAGUCAGCAUGUCGAAUGACCUGGGAUUAUGGAGGUUGUAGUCCAAGAACAUUCGGAGGGCACUCUGGUGUUUUCUGCAAGCAGAACUGAACUACUUAUAACUCAGCUUCUUAGAGUUAGCACAUACCUCAAAAGUAGAUUAGGGAAAUGACGCUGAAACUGAUAACUUGGAAUAUUAAUGGUCUUAAUGAGAAAUCUAAAAGAAAUAAAGUUGAACAUGUUUUUUGGGGGGGAAAGAAUCUUGAUGUAAUCUGUUUACAAUAAACCCAUGUUGCUAAAAAACACAGACAUAUUUUAAUUAACAAAAGGCUGGGUAGAGAGUUUAUAACUUCGGAUGUUAAUAAAAAAAGAGGGGUGGUCUUCUAUAUAAAGGAGAGAUUAGAUCCUAAACUGAUUUCUAAAGAUGAAGAGGGGAGAGUGAUUGUGGUACAAAUAACGCUGCAGGGCGAGAGGCUAAUUGUAGCUAAUUGUACAUGAACAUGUACAGAGUGCUGUACGUAGGGGCUGACCGGGACUGGCUCUUUUAGGAAUUAUUUUGUCUUCGCUUGUUUUCAGCCCAAGCCGCACCCUUCCCAGGAGUGCUUCCAGCUUUGAGGGCCGGAGUGUGCCUGCAACCCCAGUGUUGGCAAGAAGCGCUUGUACAGGCGGCCACCAGUUCAGGUAGGCAGAAUGCUGGGUUUCCACCCACAGGGGCUGGAUGUGAGGUUGGGCUGGAGGCAGAAUGGGGUGGGGGUGUAUGUGGAAUUUGUGAGAAGUUUAGCUGAUCAUUAUCAGUGCUUUUUUCUGGGGGGGGGGGUGCAGGGGUACGCAUACCCCUAAACAUUUUGUGAAUCUAAGUUUGGCCUUAUUGAGGGGCAGUAUUUCAAUAUGAGUCGGAAAAUGUAAAGGUAAAUGGAUCCUUGACCAUUAGGUCCAGUCGUGACUGACUCUGGGGUUGCGGAGCUCAUCUCACUUUAUUGGCCAAGGGAGCCGGCGUGCAGCUUCCGGGUCAUGAGGCCAGGAUGACUAAGCCGCUUCUGGCGAACCAGAGCAGCGCACGGGAUUCGAACCGCCGACCUUCUGAUCAGCAAGUCCUAGGCUCUGUGGUUUAACCCACAGCGCCACCCGCAUCCCGUUCGUAGGAAAAUGAGAGUACCCCUAAACACUUUUUAGAAAGAAAAAAGCACUGAUCAUAAUUAUUAUUACAAGAUAAGAAAGUCACAUUUUUAUAGAUGCUUUUAUAAUUAUAGACCUACUGUAUUCUAACAGUCACCAAACUGACAUCUAAAUCAUUCUACAUAAAAUAAACUUUAACCUCAUGUGAUACAGCUAUAAAUACAUUCUAAAAUGUUAUAUUAAAUAUUGUUUUAAGUUUCUGUAUUGUAAAUUGUAAUACCUGCAGCACUGAAAAGGCUUUAAAUAAUUCUAGUUGAUGUUCUCGUUUCAUAUAUUUAAUAAAGGGGGAUCUUUCUCUACCUUUAUGUUUGCCUUAAACAGACUGUUCUGUUAAUUGAGUCAUAGUGGCAACAAAUUUUAUCAAGCCAUUCUUGUUGUGUUGGAACUAUUGGAGUAUGCCAUUUCAAUAUUUUGGCAGCUGUUAACAAAGCCCCAUCUAAAUUAGAAUGUUCUGAUCUCACAUCUUCCUUUAAGAUACCCUAGAAGAAUUAUCAGAGAGUAUGCGAUACACCUGUUUCCCCCCAAAUAAUUAUUGCAUGACUGCCAAACACGUGACUUUCUCCUCACAUCUUCAACAGGUUCCACAAACAUCUGGAAUGGCUUCUCUUGACACCUCUCUCUCUUUCUCUGUCUCAGGUCCGAGGCCCCAGCUCUGCACCCCCGGCAAUGGUCAGGCAGCCACGACUCCCAGCUCGGACCCCCGAGUCGCGACACCAGCGCUGACCGGGCCUCCCUCUUCGCCGCUCGGACCCGUCGCAGCAACAGCUCGGAAGCCCUGAUUGAGCGAGCCCCUUCAGAUGACCCCCUGUUCCCUGCUGCGCCCCCUUUUAAAAGUGCGGAGGCCCUGACCCCUUCCAUCUCUGGCCGCAACCCUCGUCCCCCUUACAACGACCUCCUUCUGGACUACUACCUGGAACGCAGGUGCUGGGGCGGCGGCGACCAUCUUUCGCGCCGGGACGGGCCCCCCCAGCUGGAGUGGGGGGCCUUUCCCGAGAGCCCGCUGCAGCGCCGAGCCCGCCCGGCUGCCCGCACUAAAUCCUGCGGCCCGCUGUUGCCCCCCCAGUCCCGGGAGGUCGGUUACGGGCCCCCGCUGCCCCCUCAGCGCAACUUCCACAAAGCCCUGGCCCUGGAGGGACUCCGGGACUGGUACCUGCGCAACGCCGGAGUCAGCCAGCGGGGGGCGCUGGAGAGACGGGGACCCUCGCAUCCCAGCCACCAGCCGCUCCGCGGCUACUACGAGCCAGCUGCUGCCAAUCCCGAGACGGGCUACUAUGGGGCGCCAGGGGGGCUGCCCCACUCAGUGAGCUACGCCGGGCAGCCGCUAUAUGGCAGGUAUGGGGCACGACUGCACUAUUUGCCCCGGUAACUGCAUCCGCCCCAUUCAUCCUGCCUGCCUAAUGCCCGACCCCCUAACACUGCUUCCUCAGAGUCUGUCUGUCUUUCUGCUCUCUUUUUUUUCCGGGCGCUUCCACCACGCUGCACUUUUCCCCAACUGCUCGGGAAUUAUUGUGCUUUGUUUUCUGUUGUUGUUUCUCCCCACCCACUAAAAGUGCAUUGUUGGGGGGGGGUUGGGGGUGGAGGAGCACCCUUUUGUUGCUGCCUCUUGGUCCAUUUCCGAAGGAUUUGAAGGGGAUCAAUUGAGCUGCCAGGGGGCUGGAGUUUGGGGUGGACUGUCAUGGGAUGAAAGGAAGAUAUCUAUACUUCUUGCUGUGUUCCUCCUUGCCUAAUUCUUUUCUUCUUCUUCUUCUUUUUUCUCUCUCUCCCUCCCUCUCUUUCCGCCUUUUGAUGUCCUGCUAUGCCCUCUCAAGACCCUUUGGGGAACUCCUUUACAUGGAUGACUCUGCUGGCCUCUACAGCUUGGACUCCACAGAGCAGCCACCCCCGGGGACAUUGGUCUGACCCCCCCCCCACUCUGCUUUUUUCCCCCAAGGGGAAAUGGAGUUUGGUCUCUCUUUCUUUUCUUCGCUGGUGCCUCGUGUGUGCGUGUGUUACACCAUGUUGGGGGGGCGGGAAUUCCCUGCUGGCAGGGUUUAUAUACUAUAUCUAUAUAUCUGUGUGUAUGUGUGUGUGUGAGAGAGAGAGAAAUUGAGAGUGUGAAGGGGGGUUGUUGCAUGUAACACUGGACACACAACUGGGGGGAGGCCAAGGAUGCCUCUCCAGUUCUUCCUACACAUUAUUAAACUUUUCCCAUUUGAGAUUUUUUUUAAGGGGGGAUAUGUAUUUGCUGUACCCCACUGCCACUGACUCCCCCCCAAAGGGUUUAACUGCUGCAGGUUGCACCCUCUUGUGUUCCCAAGGAGUGGUGCAACAUUUCUGCCCUGGUGCUGUGGGUCAGGGUGUGGCGUUUUCAACACCAGACCCUGGAAUGUAUCGUGGAGGGGUUUGCAGAUGUUUGGGACCAAAGGAUGCAUAGCGCAGACUGUGGAAUUUCAGUUCUCUUUAAAAAUGUCCAGGAAAGGGGGAAAUAAUCUACACCCACCCCAUGAGCAAUUUCUGUUCAUCCCCCUGCCCACUUCUGACAAGGGGUGUUGUGGGGGAGACUUUUGCAGAAAAGGGACUCCAGGUAAGGGAAAUGCAAGCUCCUUUAAAAAAACAAACCCUCCAGCUGCUUCCUGGCAGGUGAAACUGGGAUGGGUGCUAAAGAAUGAGAGUUCUUGCUUUCAGUUCAUCUCAAAUCAAAGGUGAGGAACAUGUCUCUCUUUGCCCCCCACCCCCCGUCGUUGCCCAGAGGUUGUUGCAUAACAGUGCCCAUCACCCAUGGCUUUGCUGCCUGGGACUUAAGGGAGUAGGGAACCCAACAAGACCUUUGAGGGCCACAGGCUUAGUGCCCCAUCUAUUAAAAAAAUUAUGUAGAAAGCGGAGGGGUGUCAGAAGCUACUGGCUGAAACGGCCGUCCGUUAUGGUGGCUGUGGGAACCGCGGGGGUUUCUGUUACAGCUGCGAGCGCGAAAUUUGACUCGGUCCACGGGCAAGUGUGGCUCCUACGGGAAGACAGACAGGCAGACUUUUCACAUGUGGGAAGAUCUCUGUAAACAUGGGUGUUUGCCACACAGCAACCUUAAUGUGCAGUGCUGCCUGUCCAUGUCUAAAAAGCACAGGCAGAGAGACCCUAUUGCAAACCCCAUUCAGCCAUGCCACUGCCCCCCGCCCCAGCAAUGUUACGAAGAAAACAAAACCCCUUGCUUUCAUUUAAAAGCUUUUUAAAAAAUGUGGUGGUUUUUCCUCUUCACAACUGCACAACAAGUGGUCACGUCGUUUAAUAAUCUGUUUUUGCCCAUUGAAUCCAGAUCAUAUUUGGGGGGGGUAAGGGAAGGGGGGGUGAAGGAGGGAUAAAGGAGGGCUCUUCUCCCCACCCCCACCCCUCUCGCCACUUCCCUCUGUGACGGACCAAGGUUCACAGCAGCAGAGUCACUGUCUUGCGUGUCUUUUUAAUAUUCACUGCUGUACAGAUUGUAUAUUGGGGGCCUGAAUGUAAAACUGAGCACUGUGCAUAUGAAAUGAGAAAGGGUUUCUAUAAUAAAGAUUGUAAAGGCGAGCGAG